AUGGACCCACCAGGAAAGAACGUGGAUCUGUGGGAGCUCUUUUACGGUGACCAAGUGGCGUCCUACCACCGUAUGUUGAAGGGGACAGGGACAUGCCGCCAGCCCCAGCCUGUUGCUGUUCCCGAGGUGGUCCCAGACCCACCCAAGUCUCUUCCCCCUUUCUGGGGAACACACCUGGCUCGAAAUGGGCCCAGGAGUCUCCAGCUUCAGGAGAAAAGACGGUGGUGGCAGUCCCAGCCUGUUCCUGUUCCUGUUCUGGCGGUGGUCCCGAAACAUAAAGGCAAAGAGAGACCCACAAGUUUUCGUUGUGAUCACUGCAAGAAAGUCUUCACCACUUCAUCACGUCUGAGAAAACAUAAGAUGAUUCACACUGGAGAUAAACCGUUCAGUUGUGAACAGUGUGGAGCAGCUUUUACCAGAAAAUAUCAUCUAAAGAUACACCAACGUAUUCACACUGGAGAAAAACCGUUUAGGUGUGAUCAGUGUGGAGCAGCUUUUACCCAACAAGGUAGUCUAAGGACUCACCAACGUAUUCACACUGGAGAAAAACCGUUUAGGUGUGAUCAGUGUGGAGCAGCUUUUACCCAUCGACGUAGUCUAAGGACUCACCAACGUGUUCACACUGGAGAAAAACCGUUUAGGUGUGAUCAGUGUGGAGCAGCUUUUACUGAGUCAGGAAAGCUAAAGAUUCACCAACGUAUUCACACUGGAGAUAAACCGUUCAGAUGUGAUCAGUGUGGAGCAGCUUUUACCAGACAAGAUUGUCUAAAGACUCACCAACGUAUUCACACUGGAGAUAAACCAUUCAGAUGUGAUCAGUGUGGAGCAGCUUUUACCCAACAAGGUCAUCUAAAGACUCACCAACGUAUUCACACUGGAGAUAAACCAUUCAGUUGUGAUCAGUGUGGAGCAGCUUUUACCAGACGAGAUAGUCUAAGGAGUCACCAACGUAUUCACACUGGAGAUAAACCAUUUAGGUGUGAUCAGUGUGGAGCAGCUUUUACCCAACAAGGUAGUCUAAUUAUUCACCAACGUAUUCACACUGGAGAUAAACCGUUCAGAUGUGAACAGUGUGAGGCUGCUUUUACCACAUCAAGUCAGCUAAAGAAGCACCAACGUACUCACACGAGUGAUAAACUCUAAAGAUUUGA